AUGGUUGUGCAUGUUAAAAGUAAAGCUCCAGAUUUUAAAAAAAUUGCUGUUGUGGAUGGCAUUUUUGAAGAAAUUACAUUAUCACAAUUCUCAGGUCAGUAUGUCGUACUUGCAUUCAUACCUAAUGCUUUCACAUAUGUUUGUCCAACAGAAAUUAUUGCAUAUUCUAAAUCAAUAAAAUUAUUUAAAGAAUUAAAUUGCCAGGUUUUGUUUGUAUCCACAGAUUCCCAUUUCUGUCUUUCUGCUUGGACUGAUGUGCCUAAGGAAUCUGGAGGGUUAGGAAAGAUUAACGUCCCCUUGAUAUCAGAUAGUAAUCAUAAAAUGUCGCGUGAAUAUGGUGUAUUAUACGAAGAGGAAGGGAUUGCUUUGCGUGCAUUAUUCAUUAUUGACCCACGGGGUAUAAUUAAACAUAUUACAAUAAAUGAUACUCCUGUUGGAAGAAAUGUAGAAGAAACAUUACGUAUUAUUCAAGCAUUUCAAUCAAAUGAAAAAGAUGGUAGGCUAUUGCCUUGUAAUUGGCAUCCUGGUGAUAAAUAUAUUAUGCCCGACUUUGACCAAUUCAAGAAGUCAUUUGACUCAUUCGAAUUCGAAGAGGAGGAGGAAUCAGAAUAUGAGGGUGAAAUUCAAUCAUACCAUUCUUAA